UACUUGAAUUCAUGCAUUGUUGAUUUUAUGAUAUUUUUCACCUGAGCCUUAUGGAAAUUCAUUUUACACAAGGUUAGGAAGGAAAUUGGAAAAGGAAGUAGAAGUGGAAAAUAGAAAACGCUGUGAAGACGGUUAUGUUCAAACCCCCAACGUUUUGCACGUACUUGCUCAAAUUAACGAAUGUGAAAUGCUAUGCCUUUCUCAUAAUUUGUCUGAGAAUCCACGAACGGAAAUCAAUCAAUGGCUUUUUCAGGGCUCAUCCGUUUAUCGCCAGCCGAGGAAAGGAGACGAACAAGAGAAUUGAACACAACAACACAUAAAAGGAGAAAGUUAAAAAUUAUAAAGCUUUUACCUGUAACAGCAGUAAGAUGUGAGAAACUGUGAAAUUAGAAGAGUGAACUUUAAAAAACCGAACAAAACUGUGAAGCGUGCAUUGGUUGUAUGAAAUAUGUAAUUUCUGGUCAACAAAAUUACAGCAGCUAAUGAACAAACUGAGCUGACAAAAAUAUCGGCUUUUAUGGCCAUUAUAUAUUGCAGUCGUCGACUAGAUAUGGAAACUUUCUACAUCGAGCGGAAACUGCACUUAAACACGAUAAUUUACAAGACCUUUGCAAUGACAUACUAUCAGAAGUUUUACCAGAUAAACUCGUUUCUCUUUAUGGAAGUAAGCAACGAGGCGAACGAAAUAAAACAUCAGCAGCGAAAAGGGACAUCGGACGACUCCGUGAACAAACGAACAGAUUCCAAAAUCAAAAAGCUCAGAAAAAGAGUAUCGCAAGGAUUACGUCUAUCUUUACCAAUAUCUCUUGCAAAAGAAGAAAACGCUCAAGAUGAUCACAUGGACAAAGUGCCACUACCAGACCAAACAGAAACAACUAUUGAUAUAAAAAAAACGACAGUACGACGUGUUCUGUCGGACACAACAUACCUUCAUGCUCCACAACAAGAAAUCCUACCUGUGAGAACAAGACAACGCCUACGAAGGACGUACUCAGAAAAUGCAGAAGACGAUCCAAGGCCACGAUCUAGAUCAGUGUCUUUUACCAGUCCUCCUGAGUCACCUUUUGGUAAGAUGAAUCACUAUGAAAAGCUAGAACUUCUUGGAGAAGGAUCAUACGCAAGCGUUUUUAAAGGAACAAGCAACAUAACCAAUCAGACGGUAUCUUUCUUCUCCAACACAACCAAUCGGACUGUAUCUUUCUUCUCCAGCAUAACCAAUCAGACGGUAUCUUUCUUCUCCAACAUAACCAAUCAGACUGUCUCUAUCUUCUUUAACACAACCAAUCAGACUGUAUCUUUCUUUUCUAGCAUAACCAAUCAGACUGUAUCUUUCUUUUCUAGCAUAACCAAUCAGACUGUAUCUUUCUUUUCUAGCAUAACCAAUCUGACUGUAUCUUUCUUUUCUAGCAUAACCAAUCAGACUGUAGCUUUAAAAGAGAUCCGUCUACAACUAGAUGAAGGUGCACCUUUCACAGCGAUACGUGAAGCCUCGUUGCUUCAGGAAUUAAAGCAUGCGAACGUUGUUAAACUUCACGAUAUCGUUCACACCAAAGAAACACUCAUGUUCGUUUUAUUUUUGAAUAGCCUCGUUGCUUCAGGAAUUAAAGCAUGCGAACGUUGUUAAACUACACGAUAUCGUUCAC